CCAACCCAAACACAACAGUCAAGUUCAAACUUUCGUUUGACUCUGAACGGUAAAUUAACGCAGAAAAUCGUUGGUGAUAGCAAAGUGCGCAACAGUUCCAAUUUGAAGUUGGAAAGUUGAUUUCUUUUUUUUUUAAUUUCAAUUUUGAGAAAAGUUCAUUGAUUUUUAAAAGUGCGGGAACUUCAUUUGCGAUUUUACGAGCAAAGAGUCAUUUGAAGUCAACUUGGUUACUCAAAAGCCAUAGAUUUUCACCCAAGCGUGUUCCGUAGCAGAGUAUUAAGUGAAAUAUCGUAUUUAAAAAUCAAACACGAGGCUAAUUUGUCGUACAUACGAGUACAUACAUACAUAUUAAGUUUAGUAAAAAACAAAACUUAAUAAAAAUGUCACCAACUGCUCGCCAGGCUUUCAGCCAUGCCCUGCCGAAAACCAAGAAAAUUCUUAUCACGGACCCUAUGUUGAUGCCGGAAGUAUACUCAUCAACUCCUGGCGGUACACUCUACUCGACGACACCUGGUGGCACCAAGCUAAUCUACGAGCGCGCAUUUCUGAAAAAUCUGAGAGGUUCACCAUUAAGUCAAACACCGCCCUCAAAUUUGCCUACUUGCCUGCUACGUGGAACGCCACGCACUCCAUUCCGAAAAUGCGUACCGCCACCAGUGGAUUUAGUAAAGAAGACACAAUCAAUGAAAAUAGAAGACCAAGAACAGUUCCAGUUGGAAUUAUAAGAAAUGUAACUAACACAACGCAAGCUCCAGUCGUUGGUUUGAAAUGAAAAUGCUUGGAUAGUCGAGUCCUGCCGCAACAAACACUUCAACAAAAUGAAAACUAUUCCGAAAACUGCCAUAAACUCGAAAUUUUCAAAUCUGAAAGAGAAGUUGCAAAUGAAACCAAACCAACGAAAAGGAUGUACAUCUCAUCAAUAUGUUUUUAAGCUGCGUUAAUCAUUAUCAUUAAUUUAUAUAUUGCAUUAACUGUGGCUCGUCGUCAAUGGGCUUUUUCAUAUUUUUUUUUUAUUUAUCGUUAGAAUUAUUUAAUACUGCUUCUGAUUCAAGUUAGUUUUUUAGUCUAAUAUUUUUUUACGAAAUGCUUUAAUUAAACAUAAAAUCAAUAUGUAUAAAAUGAGUGGUAAAUGAUAUAAGUUAUAAAUUUCAAUUGAGCAUCGGUCAUAUUGACCGCCUUAGAAUGUUAAAUAUAUGAGUACAUGAUCAAAUUUUUGUCCAA